CUCACGUUGCUAUGGUAACAUAUGUUUGAGACUGACAGCAGUCUCUGAGUUUAACUGCUAACUGUGUGCUAGCUACUCAAAACCAUCGACACAUUGCCUGUCUCUCUGUGUUACUUACGCAGCAUAUACGAUGCCACCCAAAAGCAAAGGCUCAAGUAAAAAGUCUGCCAAGGCAAAGACGCCCACACUGAUAGAUGGCCUCACCAAGGAGGAGAUGUCCAAGGAGCAGCUGGAAGAGCACAUUGUGCACCUUCGAGAGGAGCUGGAUAGAGAGAGGGAGGAGAGAAACUACUUUCAGCUGGAGAGGGACAAGAUCCACACCUUUUGGGAGAUCACAGACAGACAAUUAGAGGAGGUCAAGGCUGAAAGGAAAAACUUGGAUAAGGAAAUAGAAGAGGAUGAGGGUCGCCACCAAGUAGAGAUCAAGGUGUAUAAGCAGAAGAUGAAGCACCUCCUGUGUGAACACCAGAACACGAUCUGUGAGUUGAAAGCCGACGGUUUAGUCUCCACUGAGGUGGUGCAGCAAGAGCAAGAAAAAUUAGAGACUGAACUUCACAGGAAAAUGAGGGACAUCAUGGUAGACAUGCAGGAGCUCGACAAUGAAAAGCUUGUCAAGGAACUUGAACUGAGACAUGAUGAAGAAAUGACUGAAACAAGGAACAGAUUAGAGAAGCAACUCGCAGAAAUUGAAGCCAAGUAUGAGAAAAAGAUGGAGUUUCUGCCAAGAGAGCUGGACAACAUGAGGAAAAAUGAGAUCAGUGAAAGAGAGGAACAUUGGAGCAGCCACAUUAAUGAUCUUAAAGAAAACCACAACCAAGCUUUCAGUGAGGCUAAUCUACUCCUUAAUCGCAUGCAGGACGAUUCGAAAAUAAAUAUUUCACUCAAGAGAGAAAUUAAUGAACUGAGGGCGAAACAGGUGUACAAGGAAAAGGCCCUGGCUCCUGUUGUGCAGAAGAACAAGCGUCUCGCUGAGCUUAUCUCAAACGUGAAGAAGGAAAUGGCUGAAAAUGAGAAAAAAAUGAAAUGCUACGUGACGACAAAGGGUUAUGACACCAGUGAAACGGUCAGACAAAAGGAGCUAAAGGAUCUGAAAUGGGAUCAUGAGGCACUGGAACAGAAAUUCAGCAAGCUUCAGCUGGAGAGGGACGAGCUGUACACGACAUUCACUCAGAAUCUUCAGAAGAUGCAGCAUAAAGCAGGUGUGAAGAGCAUGCUGCUGGAGAGGAAGCUGAAAGCUCUGACAGACAGCCUGGAGAAGACGCAGGCUCAGCUCAGCUCGGUGCUCGCUGCCUCCAACAUGGACCAUAUCGCCCUCAGUGAGGUCACAAACAAAAUCGAGGAAAAGUUUGACUUCAGUAAUAAUUCCAUCAAGAACUUACAGUGUGAAAAAGCUCAGAUUUCCAAGGCCCGUAGGGACAUGCUGCUGACCUAUGAAGCGAAGCAAAGGGCUCUUGGUGUCCCUGCGGAGACGCGUUGUAUGAAGCCCUUUGACAGCAGUCUCGCUGGGAGAAGUCAAGACUUGGAUCUUGGGUUUGCCCCAAAAUGAGAAGCAAUGAAAUGAAAGACUGAACCAUUUACAGCAAAUCUCACUUUCUUUGCACGUGAUCUCUUUAGAGCCUUUAGAACCUGACGUGUUGAUGUUCAGUAACACAAAAAUGUUAACAUGAAAUGUUGUUUACUCUUAAUUAUGACUUGGUAUCUUGUAUUUAUGAGAAAAUAAUGGUUGUGGAGUUUAUAGUAUUACAUCCAUCAUGCCCUUGAUUCCAAUGUGUUCCAAAGACAGAGACACAUAAUUGAGUCAGUAACGUUAAGAAAAAAGGGUUUAAAGUUUUCACACUGGCUGGCAAACUGUAGGACAGAUAAAAAGAUUGUAAUGCCUUUAAUUUAUACCCUUUGGGCUAAUUAUUUUACCCCUAAAAUAAUUUCCAUAGACCAACUAUAAUAACUAAAAGCUGCACUCUGGCAGGGAAAACAUCUGCAAACCAAAUGUGUUACUGCAGCUUUCUCGUCCUUUUAAAGUCAUUUGUCACUAUGACAAUUUUAUUUUUUCUUUUAUCAUUUAUAAAAUAGAUCAUAGAGUAUGUAAUGUACUUUUGGUUUGUCGUGUGUCUAUCCAUAUGUAGGAUGUACAUUGAAUAAAUUAAUAUAGAAUUAAAUACAUCGAAAUAUGUGAUUUAAAAGAGGCUUAAAACCAAAUCACAUGAAUCCCACUGACUCUGCUAAGCUAAAUACAGUACUAGUUAAAGGACUAGUUCAGCUGUUUUUGUUCUCUGAUCUCUCUAUUGUAGCAACUGAAACUUUGCAUGCUGUUUCCAUAGAAUUUGCAAUGACGGCAAUGUGGCACAACAAAUCUUCAGCGCAGUGUUGGUCCUCUCUAGAGUACAUUACUAUUUAAACCAUGUAUUCUGUUGGUGGUAAUUGUCAAGUUUUUAAUUUCAGCGAACGAGCAACAGGUGUCACUGUCCACUUACUUUAUGACUGUUUCUUUUUGUGUUUUUAAGUGUGUCCAUAAAAAAUAACCAAUGCCAGAAACGACUUGGACAUGGCAUGGAGACAUAUUUGAAUUGUGCAGAUAAUUUAUCUAAUUUUAAAUCUAUUUCUGCAACAUUUUGCAGUAACUCCCAUUUGCUGCUGUUAAAGCUGAACCUGAACUUCAUUAUAUUGUUAUUGCUAGAGAUAAAGAGAAGCUCUCCAACCAUUCCCUGCCACAGCACAUCCAUAUGUACUACAGGACACAACCCGUGUAUAUAAUGGGAAACCAUCAAAGGAAACCUGCAGAGCUACUAUAAAACAUUAAAAUGUUUACUAUAAUGUAGAGCUGUUGUAGCUCAAAUAUGCAAUGUGAAGCGGUUUUACGUUGUAAAAAAUUAAUCAAAAUAUCUCAAACAGGGUUGGGAGCAAGAAAACGUGGGCAUCCCUACUGUUGACUCAACUCUUUGACUUUCCAACAAGGAAUUUUGAAAUAACCUCAUAGAGGCUUUAUGGGCCCCCUGACCGCUACGACCCCUGGGCCCAUGCCAGAUAGGUCUGUUCAUUAAUCCAUCCCUGCAUGGAGAGAGAUACAGAUCUGUACAGGGAGGGGGUUGUCUUUAAAAAAACAUUUUUAAUAAAGCCUCUGCCCUCUGUAUCAACAUUUUAAAUGCAUGUGGAAUUCAACAAAGUGAGUUCAAGGUAUUGGUGCCUUGUUAUGUUACUGUAAAUUCAUUAAUGUCUCCCACAGAUUCAACAAGUGCCUUUGAUUUUGAUCAUUUGUAAAGCACAAAAGGACGUUAUGUUAAAAGAUGUAUGUUCCUCGUCUUUGCUCUUGAAUAAAGAAACAAGAAAAAAUAAA